GUGCGACUCUAAGCACUCAGCCAAUCAGAGGCGACUGUUCCCACGGUUAUGGCUUUGUGUAUGAAGCCAGUAUUGUUUAGGCAGCAAGCCGAUUGUCACUGGACAGGUGUUUGUAAAUAAAACUCAUCUAAUGUCGGCACACGACCCUGAAUUUUCCCACGACCGAUGAAUAUAAAUGUGAUCGCAUCAUGCAUGUCGGACAGUUCGCGACAAACACUCGCAGAGUUAACAUCUCCGAGAAACCUCUGUAGAAAAACUAAAUAGCAAACUUCAAAAAUAUGGCCGUUGAAUGUUAUGACGGUGCAAUUUAUGUUAGCAAGAUUCUCACUGAAAGAAGAAAGGUAAAUUUCUUAUGUACAUGACUCUGUAAUUUGCUGAUGUGACAUUUUUCAACAGAUCGCUUGCUUACCGGCAAACUUGUCACUUACAACAUGACCUUUCCUUCUGCAGGCAAAGAAGCCUUUGAUGGAAAAAAUGCGUAGAGCAAGAAUCAAUGACAGCUUGAAUGAAAUGAAGGGCUUGGUUCUAGAUCUCCUGCAUAAAGAUGUAAGUUUCUGUUUUUUGUUCGUAGUUAAACAAAAUCAGCUCUGGGCUGAAGUUUCCUUGCCUUGAAAACUUGCCCGCCGCAGGCUCUAAUACAAUGUUAUAAAUGAGUUUCAGCGUACAUAUUUAACUUAGACAGACUAAAUUCCGAGCAAAAUAUUCAAACGAAUAUUAUGUCUUGUUUAGGCUUCUCGUUAUUCCAAGAUGGAGAAGGCUGAUGUUCUUGAGAUGACUGUGACUUAUCUUAAAGCUUUACAGCGAAAGGAUUGCCGCUCUGAAGGUAAGACUUGACUUCGUGAAAUUUUGCUUAAUUUUAAACAAUUCAUCCGUAGAAGUGAUGAUGUGUUAAUUAAAACUAGAACCGGCUUACGAAUUUAUGAAACACUCAAACGCAGACGAUAAUUGGAUUAUGAAAUUCUCAUGUGACAAACGGAAGAUAUUGACAAUCUUCCCUUCAUCGUUUUUGCAUGGCAAGCAUAGUAUAAGACAUAUCACACUUAAAUAUUGUGUAGUUCUUGCCUGUUUAUAAUUAGUAGGUUUGAAUAGAUUUCCAGGAGGAAUUGUGACUUGUAGCUAGAUUAAAAUUCCCUAGCAACGAGUAUUUAAGCUAGAUUUCGUUCUCUUUUAGAUCCUCAGUCACUAGCCGAGUACAGAGCUGGCUUCAAUCAAUGUGUGAGCGAAGUCAACAGAAGCACGACCUGUGGAGGAAGCGAGCAACUCAGGGAAAAACUCUUGUCACACUUGGCUUCAUGCUACCAUAGCAACGCCACUAAUCAUGUCGCCACGAGCCACGCGUCAGGGAUUCCCGCCAUGACUCCGAGUUUUCCCGCCAUUGCGCCAAACAACGUCUGGGUUCCAUAUCCUUCACCACCGCCAUCUCCAACAAACCAAGCUGCAAUUUUUAUUCCUAUAACAAGUCCAGUGAAAACUGAAAUGCUAAGAAUACCAUCUCCGGUCAGUCCAUCGGCGGUUCAAACACAGAAAAUCAGCCUCUCGCCCGCGUGUUCUCCAAGCGCCGCUACAAAGACACCGCUAUGGCGUCCUUGGUAACUAAUGAACUCUGAACUGAAUUUAAAAUACUAGAAAUAAGCGCUACAAAGACGACGUUCACGCAAAUCCACGGCAGGAUUCCUGUCAUAAUUUAACGCACUGAGUGUGGUUUCGAUAUUUGCUUUUCUUCGCCGGCGUAAAUAAUUAUUGUAUAUAGCUUUUUUAAAGAUUAUUAUGAAUGACAGAGUGAAAGAGAUUAUUUGUAAAUUUUUAUGCAAAUCACUGCUUGGCAGUUUAUAAUAAAGAAAGGAU